AUGUGCCGCCUUCUUUGGAAGUUCUUUGAAUGGGACUAUCAUCCAACAAUACCCACUAGGGCAUUUCCCCGCUUAGCUCACGUUAUCCCGGUCAAUGUUAUUGAACUUGGAGCACGCCUAGAGGCCUACCUAGACGAACUUCCCUCCGUAAUCGCUCUGCGUCUAUGUCACCGGUACGGCAAAGGAGUGCUGUCAAACCUGCCCCAAGAGAUCCUUGGUCAAGUCAUCACCGAGAUGCAGCAAAUGGCGAACGCCAAAACUCAGCCGAAGUGGGAGGAGAACUCUGCUUGCUUCCAGGGGCGAUGCAGGAUGGUUGAUCACUAUCUACCCUACAACGAAGAUUUCGAGAAGAUGUGGUUGGAUAUGACGGAAUAUGAGGAUGACAUGACGCCACCGUUGCUCGAUUACUAUACUGAGGAAGAAAAGAUCAACAUGGUGCAGGAGCGAAUGGAAGAUGGUUACUUUGCGGAUGAUGGUGUUGCAUUCGAGAUACACGACGACAUGCAAGACCAGUGGGUUAAGAUGCUUUGCCUUUGCGACAAAGGACCUGGUCAGACCAAAGAUAGAACAACUUUCCUACCCUUCAACGAUAUUCUCAGGUCUCACUUCGGUCUAGAGACGAUAAUUGUUCAUGAAGCUAUGUCAGAUGAACUAGUACGUUUUCUGCCCAAUACGAAAUCUAUGGAUGGAAAGUCGUACCACACGUCCUGUUUCCUAGCUCUUCCGCACUGCUCAUCCGGCUCACAACAGGGGGGGCGUACAGCACUCAGCAAGCACAGCUCCUUUCUAAAAGCGGACAACCAUCUUGCCUUCCAUCAAGUCAUUGACCCUACGACAUUGAGCAUCAACGAGGAACAGAACAAACGCUUCUCUCGAGCCUUGAGAAUCCUCGAUCUGAAGCCUCAUUGGCAGCUCACUGAGCUGGAGACACUGAUUAAACCACCGGCUCGAGACAACGCAUUAUGGGAAAUCUGCGAUUUCCAGAUCGAGAACUGCCCAGAACCCACUAAGAAAUCGCGGAAGGAGAAGAACGAAAACCUGAAGGGAUAUAUCGCAGUGAAGAGUGAGGAGCUGGGAAAAGAGUCGUGGCCACAGCUAAUGGUCAUUGCUUCGUCGGAUGUGGUAGCUCCAGAUGAAUAAGUUAGUGUGUGAACAUAAGUUGGCAUGUAGCAUUAUUCAAGGACUCAGCAGCUUUAUAUAGUAUUUUUGCGAAGGAGGUAGGGGACAUCACGUUCGCAGCUCGCGAAUUUGGAGGGACUCGAUGGUUGUCGAAACGAUGUUAGACAUAUGGUAUUCGCACAUAGGAUAAGAUUUUAAACAUUUUCUCUACGAAGCUCACUGUGGAUUGUAUAUCCUAUCCGAUAGAAAUUCACGCCAC